AUGUCGACCGCUGCCGCUAACCUUGCGUCGCUCCUCCGCGCCUCGUCAAUUGAUGACCAUGAAGAGGUCCUGAAAGCAGCAAAUGCAGCUAUCAAGGCCUCGAAAUCCGAUCUCGAAGCGCAGCACACACGAGUGGUUGCCCUCCUCAAACUCGAUCGUUUCGAAGAUGCUCUCCGUGCCAUCGCAGAGGGUGGAGACAAGCUGGAGCAGGAGUGCAUCGUAGAGAAGACAUAUGCGCUGUACAAGUCGGGGCAGCUGAGCGAUGCCACCAAAGUCCUCGAGUCAGCACCACUUUCCUCGCGUGCUCUUCGUCACCUCGCCGCCCAGGUCGCCUAUCGUGCCGAGCACUUCCAGGAUGCUGCCGCCCUAUACCAUGAACUAUCCGCGGAAGGCGAAGGUCGGCCUGGGGAAGAGAAUGAUUUGAGAAUCAAUACGCUUGCAGCCAAUGCCCAGCUUGAGUGGAAUGGCCUGGGAAACCUUGUGGAUGAGAAAGAGAGACAGCCCGCAGGAGAAGAUCUCGAGGCUUUCGAGACUGCGUACAACGCGGCUUGCGCCUGCGUGGCACGUGGGGACUUAGGCAAGGCCUCUUUUCUGCUCAAGCGGGCAAGAGAUCUAUGUGAGGCCGGCGAGGAUUUGUCUGAGGACGAAAAAAAGGCCGAGCUUCUUCCCAUCAUGGUCCAGCAUGUCUACGUCCUGGCGCGGCUUGGGAAGGAGACCGAGGCAGCAGCAUUGCAGAAGGCCAUAACUGUCUCAGAGAUACCCGAAGCACCAACGCGAGCAGUGGCGCAACACAACCAAAUGACGGUCGGAGCCGACGCCCGCAACCCCUUCCUCACCCAACGACUUAUGCAGUCGGCCACCAGUCUAUCUGGAAACGAUGUGCUUUUCGAGAUCCAAGCAUCAGUUCUACGACGGAACCGACAUGCUUUGGAUCUGCAAACCCAGAAGUUCCGUGGUGUAGCUUCGUCCACAUCCACCCUCAUCUCGAAAAUAGCGGCACCCACUGCAUCAACCGAGAUCGCCGGGCUCGGUGUCAUAAACGCCGCAUCCCAUGCCCGCCUAGAGGCUGGGAAGACGGCCAUCACCCAAAUCCUGCCAAUGCUCGAAAAACGCCCUACUGACGUUGGGCUUCUCUUAACCAUAAUCCAGCUUUACGUGCAGACCAAAAAUCUAAAUCCUGCUUUGAGUCUGCUGGAGACAUUCCUGAAGCGCUUAGAGACGGCUUCCACCCCGGAUCAUGCUGAUGUACGGUUUGCGCCCGGCCUAGUAGCGAUUGUAGUGGCUCUUUACCGUCUUCAGGGACGCCAAAACUCUAUUCUGACUGAGCUCGCCAAAGCAUCAGCGCACUGGCGAUCAAACCAGAAGGAAUCAGCCACGUCGCUUUUGCGCGAAGCAGGUGUACAACUUCUCAAGUCUUCAAAUUCGGAUGACCUGGCAUCAGCGGGCGCAACGUUUGAGAGCCUGGUGUCCAGUUCGAGACAUGACACUACUGCAAUAGCAGGGUUGGUCGCCUCCUUCGCAACGAGCGACUACACCAAGGUCGAGCCAUACCUGCAAAAAUUGACGCCGGUAGAAAGGCUCACUGCCGGCACCGACAUCCACGGGCUGCUCGACUCCGGCGUGGCUUCUGUUGCGAACACGGCAUCGCAGUCUAAGAAACGAGCAGCCGAAGCAGAGCCUGAAAGGACUGCCAAGAGGCGCCGGAAGAGGAAAUUACCCAAAGACUACGUAGAAGGGAGGCAACCUGAUCCGGAGCGCUGGCUUCCUCUUCGCGAUCGCAGUACCUAUCGUCCAAAGGGGAAGAAAGGGAAGAAACGAGCUCAGGAUGCUACUCAGGGCGGUGCGGUCAAAGAGGAAGAGACACUAGAGCUCGUUGGUGGCGCUGGUGCCGUGAAGGUCGAGAAAGCAACUGCAGGGGGUAACAAAAAGAAGAAGAAGAACAAGAAGUAA